GGAUGAGGAAGCUUGCAAUGGAGAUGCAACGUGUUACUGGGAGCGAUAUCGACACGCUACAAUCGCUUGGUAGCAUCCCAACCAAGCCCCGACAUAUUUUGGAAUAUGCAUCCAAGCUAGUAAAUAUCAUUGAAAAUGAGCUGAAUAUUCUUGGAUUGAAUUUCAAGGAAGUGAAGCAAUGUAUUGCGUCAACAAAGAUGAGGACAGACCGAGAGCUAGGCUCGGAAACAAAAAUGAGAUCGUUCGAAGUUUGUUCAACACAUUCGAACAAAGACAUUCCGAAUAUCGGUGUGUGUCCAAAACUAGAUGUACAUUUGUACAAUUAUACUUCAAAAGUGUCCAAACAAGCCCAAUCAAAUCGACCUUCGAACCACCCACCGAGUAGGGAUAUGGCUCAGUCUCAAGGUUUGCGAUCAUCCACAACACCAGAAGGCGCAUAUGAGGUCCAGAGCAUGACAUCGAAUCCAUUUAAUAUCAGGCGAAGAUCCGAGCCAAAUCCGCGUUCUCCGGACUCUCCAUCAGGUGAAUUGAAUCACAGCUCCAGCUGGGUCACCGACACGACGAAUGAGAAAAGCAUCGUGAAGGAUAAAUCAAGUGGCUCAGACGAGAUUAGCAUUGAGCCUCUCAAGGUUCCAGAUCGAAUGUCUAUCCAAAUGAAUGGGAACAAGGAAAACAGCAAGAACUCGCAAUCAACUCCGUUAGGGUCAAUGGUGCCGUUAUCGGUGAACAUUGUGAGUCAAUAUGUCAAAGCAAAAAGUCCGCGAGAUAGCGCAGCCGAGGAGACCAGGAAUCAAAGUCUCGAAAGCCCAUCUCGAGCAUUGAAUCUCGCUGAUACCAAGCAGAUCGAUGGUGGGAUCAAAGGGUCCAAUGCUUCGAGGAAGUCCAAGCCAACAAUUUUGGUUGAGAGCUCUUUAGAUCAAUCGAAGUCACUAGGCGAAGCGAUAUCGCCCAAUCAGGAUUUCUCUUCAGAGCAUCAGCCGAUUGAGAAACAGAACAAGCCGUCUAAGGAAUAUCAUUUAGCACCUGCCAUCGAUUCAGAUUAUCAAAGCCGAGGAGGAAUCAGUUUCUCCUUUGAUAAAUGGCUGAAAGGGAGCAGGCAUGUGUAUGGGUCGGAAGUAUUUGAAGAGGAGCCAAAGCGACAUAGUAUCUCGACCACAAGGGAAUACCUGAAAAGUCCUCUACUGUCGAUGGGAACCAAAGGAAUGCGGCUGCCAAACCGCGUAGUAUUCCAAAUCGACCAGAGACAUGGAAACUCAAAGUCGAACAUGGAGGAGCAGAGUUUGCUGGAAACAAGCGGGGACCUUGGAUCAGAGGCUAGAGAUGGCGUGUCAAAGGGAGAUCGAGAGAAUUGCCAUAUUGAGAGGGAGAAGGACUUGAGGGGUAUAUUCGAUUAAACAAUUGGACGACCAUUGUCUCUUUUUCGAUGCUUUCGAUCUUGCCCGCACUCUGAAAAUGUUGGCGGAAUCAAGACUGGAGAUACGUAUGGCCAACAGAUAAUUUGAGCGGGGCUGGGGACGUUGCCUUGGCAAACGUGACUUCCGAGAUGUCGAGAAUGACCGGCAACGACAAGCAUCGACAGGCGGGGUGAAACCUAUGAUGCGGGGACGAACGAAAUUUCAGACAGAGAGG